AUGGUGACCACAACUUGCUUUCCUCCGAGCGCGGCUAGGCGAUACUCCUCCUUCCGCACUCCCUACCUGCCAUCGUACGUGGAUCGCGACGCGGCCGAGCACCCGCAUCAUCGUGAAGCUAGCCGCAUCAUCAUGGCGGACCGAGACGGGGGUCUCGACGACUCGGCAUCGCAGAGGAAGAGGAUUGCCGUGGCGUGUGGCCGCUGUCGAAAGAGGAAGAUCAGGUGCAGCGGCGAUGCCGGUAACGGCCAGCCUUGCACGAACUGCAAGAACGCCUCGCAUGCGCCAUGCCAGUUUCUACGGGUUUCGUCUCAAGAGGUAUCUCAUGUCAAGGGCAAUGCCUUUACUUACAACGUCGAUGCGUCACGGAUGAUGCAAGCCCGCGCAUCGUCGGCCGUCUCGCCCCUCGGCGUUCCAGCGAAUGCGUACCAUGACAGCCUCGCUCUCUCGGCAAAUCGAGGUGACUCUGCCGCCGGAUACGGCGACAAGCCGUACUAUGCUCCAUCUGCGUGGAGUGGCGCUUACGGCGGCACGGGCGUCGACUACGCUAUUUGCCAGCCCGCCUUCCAGUCGUCGGCUACGGGCUCCCCGUAUGUAACGGGCGCAUACGCCAUGACGGCUGGUGGCACUGGCGUGAAGGCGGACGGCAUGAUGUACCUGGACACGGGCGCUGCAUACGGCUACGCCACGGUGCCCACGGGCUCGGUGUCGGUCUCGCGACAGUCCUCGGGCUCGGAUACGGGGUUCCCAUAUCAGACGGCGACGCCGGGGCUGUCGAGCUCGGUCAAUAGCAGCCACGAACGCCUACCUCCGACGCCGUCGCGGACCAUACCCAGCUCCGGGUCCUCGGUCUACCGCAGCGAUGACUAUCGAAAGAGCUCGCACUUCGCUGCCGGAGACGCCGCGUCUGGCUUAGGGGUCGAUGUGUCUGCUGGAUAUCAGACCUACGAGAAUGCACCACUGUCGUACGGCUCGCAGGUUGGCGCCCAGCUGGGUCGCGCUCCCGACCUGUACGCGAAUUCGUCGCCGGACGGAACCCAAGAUGACCCUCUGCGAUCGCAAGUCCAUGAAGGGACGGAAUCUUCUUUCCGCUACGCUGAUGGCUCGGCUCAUCGGGAGGCGACGAGUUCCUUGGCCGGCGGCCAGUAUUAUCUGUACCACAGAAACAGCCAGCAUGGAGACUGUGCACUCACUACGGAUUUGGUUUCGGGAUCAGCCGCCGAGACGGCUUCCAGAAGCCAGAGGUCGCCGGCCCGGAGCCGCUGA